GAAAUGUUCAUCACUGAACCAUAGAGACACUAUGUCCACGUGAACAUUUCCUUAGAUUUAGAAAUGUUUGUAUCUGUUUUUCUGAACUUUGAGCAAAUCCAGACUAUUUUUCCCCGACUUCCAGUCUAGCAUCACUGUAACUCCAGCUCUGUAAUGGGCACCCACAUACCAACAGGUGUUCAUUCAUGAAUUCUUUUAAUUAACAGAUGACAGUUUAAUUUGUGUGAACACUUAUUCAUUUAUUUAUUUAUUUUUAAAACAAAAGCCUUCUUUCUCAGAAACUGUCCUUCUUCUGAUUCACUCUACAGACUCCAUGAUCGUAAGAUGUGCAUCAUCGGACUGAGUGUGCUAAUCGAUCUUCCUAGCCGGCCAGCAGUGCUGGAUGCAGUUGCUGCCCAGAUUGUCCCCUCCAUUCUCCUCCUUUUCCUGGGCCUCAAACACAUUAAUGCCUCCCGCCUAAUCAACAAACCAGAGCUGCUUGCCCGUGCAGGGGCUCAAGAUGAAGACCAGAAUGAGGAGAUUCCUAGUGAUGAAGAUGAGGUGAAUGAGAACUGUAACACCAUGCAGCAGCAGUCCAGCAUGCCAGCAGGCCAAGGAGGCGAUGAUGACGACGACGAUGAAGAUGACUAUUGGGAUGACGAUGGUUUUGAGGGAACGCCUCUGGAGGAGUACAGCACGCCUCUGGACUACGACAAUGGAGAGGACGAGUAUCAGUUCUUCACUUCUGCCCUGCUCAGGGUCCAGAGUACUGAUCCAGCGUGGUACCAUUGUUUGACAGCUGCGCUCAGCGAUGACCAGAAAAAACAGCUUCAGGAGAUCUACAGCAUCUCACAGCAGAGGAGGAGCACUGCAACUAAGGGCCAAUGAGCACUGAAGAAACAGAUGGGCUGCAGAAUCAGGGGAGGGAUCAAAGAAGAGAAACGCUGGUCUGAGCUGAAGUGUACUUCAGUUCAAUCUGAACGAUGUCAGUCUACAUCAAACCAUAUCUGAACAGAUCCCACCAGAACCAGUUCCCAGAGUUUCAGUAGACCUGGAUGGAGUAGCAGGGGCUGGUUUCAAAUCACAAUAACUGCUGAUUUGCUGCACUGCUUCAGACCCCCACUGGAAUAAUACUGUCACUGGGACAGGUCCACCGGCCUGUGAGUGUGUGUGUGUGGUUGUGUGACUGUGUCUCUGUGUAUACUUGAGGAAAAGGUCUGCAUUAUAAAUAUAAAUGUUCUUGACCAGCACAAUUCAUAAAAUAUUUUGUACAGUGCAGUGCUUUAAUUUGUAACUAAGUCAGUUGUGUUUUGUGUUUGUCUCCGCGAAACUGUAAAAAACAAAAUAAAACUGCGUCAGAGUGUUUUUGUAUGUACUCUUAAGAGCGUCUUUUUUCUCUGGGCAAGAAGAGUCCCUUUUCUGUCUGCCUGCGUCUGUGUAUGGAAACGAGAUCAGAGGUCUUGUAGAUCGACUGUAAUGUUACAUAUGUAAUGUAAAGUGGGAGAGGAAUUUCACGAGCAGUUUUUAGUCAUGUUGGA